AUGGCGAACUUGGAGUUCAAUGCUGCUGCAAGCUACUUGCGAGAGGAGGUGUAUCUGUACUAUGGGCUGUCAAAUUUUUUCCAAAACCAUCGUCGCUACAUUUUAUCCAAGGACGAUGCACAGCUGCUUGGUGGAACCGGGCCGUUAUCCGAGGACUGUGAACCGUAUCGGUUAAACCCACAGAAAAUCCCCUAUGCACCAUGCGGUGCUAUUGCCAUGAGUCUCUUCAAUGAUACAUUUGUACUGAACUAUCAUGGAACUACUGAUGCGCCCUUGAGUUCGCCCGUUACAGUACCUAUGUCAAAUCGAAGUAUUGCUUGGCGUUCAGAUGUUGACCGGAAAUAUGGAAAACCACCGGCGAGUUAUUGGAAUCGCACUGUGAAACCUGAUAGUUGGCCGGAAACUGCCAUUGAACGGUCCCCAGAUGCUUAUCCGGGUGAUGAAGAACUUCUGGUUUGGAUGCGUCCGGCAGCCCUACCAACGUUUCGAAAAUUGCACCGAAUUAUCCCUUCCGGCUUGAAGGCAGGACGGUAUACCAUAGACGUUGGUUACGCCUAUCCGGUCACACAAUUUGGUGGAACCAAACGAGUCAUUCUCUCCACUUCGAGUUGGCUCGGCGGCAGAAAUCCCACUUUGGGGAUCGCCUACAUCGUCGUGGGCUCCAUAAGUCUUUUGUUGGGCAUCCUGUUUUUACUUUUGCACUGCUGCCUACCCCGGAGUUUCUCUAGAUUUCCUUCGAGUGUACCCUGAUUGAAAAUCGGAUGUGCUAUGAUUCAACUAUCCCCCCCUCUCCCACUCACACAUAUCACAUGCGAACUUUUUCUCUCUCCAUCAGAGCCCAUUCACCGUUUACUCAGGUUGUGGUUAUCCCCUAUUUUUCGCGUAUGUGUCGCCUAUUGGAUUUAUUUGUAACAAACAGACGUUCCGUCUAUGGUCUACAUUCGCUUAUUUUCUAUUACUACUUCCGUUUGUUUAGGACUUUGCUAACCAUCAUUGACUUCGUUUGUAUUAACUGCCUUCCAGUGUAUUUUUUCAUGCUGCUUUUCUUUCAAGAUGGUAUCCUCAUUCCAGCUCUUUCCUACUAUUUCCUCCCUUGUACAUCAUAUUUUAUCUGGAUUCACUUCCUCAUCGCACAGGAGAAUUCAUUUGGCAUAGCGUUCCCUUUCUCAUUUCAUUCGAGGACUUAGGUUGUUACUCCUCGUUUUGUUACUUUUCAAACGAAUAGUUUAUAAAAUACAAGUUUCAAGUAACC